AUGCAACGUUGCAACCGUUUCAAGGUAUUCCAAUAAGAAUUCUUGCGGUUGCUUAUGAAAGAUACAGAAGCCCGUGAGAAACUAAUAGAACCGUAAAGGUAUGCUGAGGAAUUAAAAUUCAUGUAACACAAUAGUAGCCGUAUCCGGUCUCGAUUAAACUGUUUUCAUCAUCGUCAAGUUCUAUGAGUUUCAAGUGUAGUCAUACUUACGAGUUUGACUGACGAUUAAUCAACGUUACCAUACAAUUAAUCAUUGAAGAUGCAUUGCUAUAAUUGCACAAAUUUAUAUGGACAAUAGAACGAUUUCAUGUUAGAUAUCUCUCGGAAAUUCUUUUUGCGUGGUUUCUUAAGCCUCUACACUCGUUUAUCUUCGUUUACGAAUAUAUUGAAUCGCAAAAGAUACACAUAACAAAAAGGCUCUAUAUUAGGUUAAUGACGUUAUAAUGGAAAUGUGUUAGAUACGUGACAGCCGUGGAAUUCACCUGCUCUAUUGCAAUGACGUUCUCAUUUCGUAUACUCGUAUCCUGAAGAUAUCUCUUAUUUAAUAUUUUAAUAGCGGUCGAUAUAACGACUGUCGUAUCGUUUGAAAUUAUUCAUUCAACUUAAGAAUUAGUAUUCUGGAUACAUAUAAGUGAAUAGUUUUACUUGAAGUAGAAUUUAUCAUGUCUACAUUUUAAAGAAGAUUUAAACGUGAGACCGUCUAACAUCCACGUGACAUGUAUACGCGUGUCUACUCUGCUUGGAUACGUUUCUACUUGACGCAGCUGCAUGAGAAUUAGUUAUAAAAAUAUCAUCGUUACAAAAUGCGUCGAAACUUUUUAGAUUAAGAUAAAAUAAGAAGCAAACAUAAACUACUGAUAUUAUAUGUAUAAAGAAUUAAUUUAUCAGAAUUACAUUUUGUAAUAUCAACAAAUUUGUAUAUCAACAAUUUAUCAGAAUUAGAUAAAUAUGUAAUCACGUCUUUUUUGCAAUAUCUUAUCAAAAUCACAGAAAUAUCUUAUCACAGAUAAGAUAUUUUUUAAAAUAACAUAUGACAUUAUCAUGAAUAUAAAUUGCGCGUGCAUAUAAAGUUUCAUUUUGUUUCAGAAGCCAGUCUAAGGCUUCCUACUUGGCUUACAGACGAGAGCGGGGUGCUCCCGACAGCGAGGGCAGCUACAAAAGAACAAUGUCGCCAACCUCACGAAUGGACGAUUGGCCACCUCCUAGGGAUCAUGACGAUCCCGUACUUUUACGUGUUACACCGCAUCAUCCGUUACAACAACAGCAUCAUCACCAUCACAAUAAUCAUCAACAGCAACAUUCUGAUCUCUCCAAGUCAUAUAGCGUAGACGCUCUUCAUCAUCGAUUGGAAGAGAGGUGUCCCCAACAACAUUCGGCAGAAGUGGUCAAUAAACUCUCGCACGAUCUCAACAAAAAGCUUCAGGCUAGUGACGUAAGGUCUCGUACUAAUGAAAACAACAAUAAUGACAAUCUCGAGGACCGGCAUCAACAUCAUCAUCAUCAUUAUCAAGAAAAGAGGCAUCCGGAAAAAAGACACGACUACGUAGAGCAACGUAGAGAAAGACUGUCGCCGCAGAGCGUGGAGGUCCUUAAUGACAGGAACAGGCAGCUAGAGCGAGAACGUCGGAAAUUGGCAGCGAGCUGCGAACCCCUACCUCAAAAUAGAGAGCAGCUACGAGAAAUUAGUGGUCCGCUUCCAAUCACCGGCGAUGACAUAUUCCGCGAGAGAAGCGCUACGAUCGAGAUGACCUCGCAGAAUAUUGAAUUACUAAAUCGUCGUAAUGAGAAGAGGAUGAAUAGCGUAUCAUCAUCAAACAGUACGAUGUCCACAUAUUCGAUCAGCACCACAGCAUCGUCAGUUGCCACGAGUAAUGAUAACGGCUGGGCCAGACGACACGAAACACAAAGCUCGAUAGAAGCUACUAUCUUUUCCGAUAGGCCGCCACCACCGACAAGUUCACCGCCAAGGUCACCAAAUAACGUCGAGACUAUCAGUCCACGAGGAGCUAUUCCGAGACGAUCGGGAAGUUGCUCGAGCACCUCUUCCUCGGGAAGAUCGAUAGAUGCCCGCGUAUCGCCUCGAGCUUUGCUGUCCAGAUCAUCUCCCAAGAGCUCUCUCGAUUCUCUCACGCGGAACGAAGCUCGGAUAGAAUAUGCCUCUACCAGAAAAGUCUCUAGUCCGACACAAACGGAUAAUACAGGUUCCUGGAACAGAUCCAACUCGCCGAGCCGGCUGAGUCAUACGAGCGAUGCGGAAUCGCGAAUCGAGAGACUCUCCGCGUCUUCAAAGUUUAGGACCGGCGGCAGGUCGUCCACGUCUUCGAGCUCGAGCGUUUCCAAAGCGUCCUCUUCCUCCUCGCCGAGAAACUCGCCGGUCGAGGAGGACAAGUCGUCGCCAAGAUCGUCACUUUGCGUGUCACCCCAGCCAGGGAUAGAGGGACUGACGUUAGUGCAACGUACCGAGGUCGUGCUCCGGGUGAACGCUGCCACCAGCGACGCUGCCUCGCAAACCGACAUCUUGGAGGACACGGAGCAAGACGCCAGCAAGAUUCAGCGACCGCUUCCGGAAUCGAGGAAGAAACUGCCGGAGGAGAUCGAGUGCGAGGAGCUCAGCAAGGAUUUAGCCAGUCAACUCAGCCCGAACGACAAGCUCGUACCUAUACUCGUUCCAGCGCCGGAGCACAAGAAACCCACCGACUACGUUUCCGGCCUGUUCAGGGUGGAAGCGACCUUGCAGCCACGAACAAGGCGACGGCUCUCCCUGGAAGAGUCAACGGCCUCCUGCGGCGAAGACGUGGACGUGGACGAUAAAAAGUGAGCUCUCCUCAUUCUCUUUUCUUCUACCUUCUCUUUCCUUUUCGGCUGAAGUUCACUUAAUUAAGGCAUAUUUAUGAGGCAGCUCACGCCGCGCGCCGAUAUCACGCGCGUUGUCUUCAUCCGGCCGCAUCGGCAAGGGUCAGCGAGAUUGUUGUUACGGGCGAGGCAGAUAAGACAGCGUAAAUAUAGACCAAACGCGAUAAUUGAUAGUUUUCACGUGCUCGGGAGCAUUGGAUUACGUGCUAUUAAUCAACUCGAAUGCCUCGGAAUCCGAAGGCGUUCAUUACAAGUGCAAAUUCGCGAUUCUCUUUACUCGACUUAAUUGGUCGACGCGUACGUCUCUAGGAAGCACCGUAUAAUUUUAAUAAACAAGUGGAAAUUUCUUUGGCUCAGCUUCAGCCGACUGUCAUUUAAAUUUCCUCGAUCGCACAUUCGCGCGAUCUGUGUGGUCGCUACGGCAGGUAAAAUAAACUUGCGUAGAUCUUUUUGGAUGGACGCCAGACACGUACGUGUGUGCCGUUUAUACGAUAUUUCGUGCGAAAAGAAGGCGGCACGCGUCCGAAAAUAUCUUGUUUAGCCAGACGCCUGUAGAGGGAUUCUUUAUUAUUCGACGAGCCGGCGUUUAUGUGGGCAAAAUUCUUGACAGACCGUCAUUAAUGAACUUCCAUUGCCGCGUCUGGAUCUAAUUGUUAUUUUUCAACGAUGAUAUAAACGUUCGGAAUUUAACGAAUCGAUAGCAGCAGCAGUCGGGAAUGUCUUGUACAAGCAAACAAGUGCAGAUGAUUUUUUCUUUGCUUUUUAACGUUUGCUCCUUUUAUUCUUUGUUUCCGUUUUUUCCUUUGUCGAUUCAGAUGUCUUACGUACAAAUGUCGUAUCGCAAAUAAUUGGAACGUCUCCUUGUACUGUCGGUAUUUAUAGAUACUGUGCGAUUUUUCGAUAUAUUCGUAUCCAAUGCAUUUCGCGGGACUUUUCGCUGUCUAUUGUUAUUUGUUUUUUAUGACGUUGCGGCUCUUCCCUUUUCCGUCGAUCCGGUCUAUCUUGCGCACUCACGGACGAUACUUCCUUCGUGCUCGAAGAGAAAGCAUCGUGGCUCUUACGUAAUCCCCCAUAAAUGAUAUUGUCAAGCACUCACUGCUUCUCUACGCAUCAUAUUAUUUGCCAGUCUCCAACAUAUGGCUGAAAGUGACGCAUCGUACUAGCAAAGUGCUUUCGGUGUGCUUGCUACAAGUCUCGAACGGGAAAUGGAAAUGGGUCCUUCGGAAAAGUACAUACCUACAACCACUCGUUUUCGUUUGUUUUCGUCCGGGCGUUAAAGCGGUCGGCGUUAAGUGGUAUCGAAAAUCUGUGGGCUACGUAACAACUUGUAAAUUAAAAUUUUACGUGAAAACGAAGUGUGCGCAAGGACGCGGUAAAAUCUGUGCCGAUGGUUUGAGAGUCGGCCGAAAAUAAUGAAAGAGAGAGAGACGUGUUACGUUAAAUUAGUCUUAGCCGUACGCGCGAACUUUCUACCAUAUUUUACAGCGGAAAGAAAGAAAAAUCGGCACUUUCGAAAGCAAUUUUAGAUA